GGCACGGAGUUCCUCGUUUGAGUUUAUGUGCGCGGGUAUGUUAGAUAGCAGUGAAUCUUUGACCUGCUGUGUGUUAGGUCAAAUUACCUGUGGAGCUGAACACCCAUUUGGUGGCAUCUACGAUAAUGGACUCCUCUGAAGCAUCUCAUCACCCUUACUGGCCUCGGGACCUUUCAAUUCCCACUUAUGUGGCCAACGAUCGGUCGAUGUCAGAGAUUCUGGUGUUUCUGUUUUCUGUGUCUGGGCUGUUUAUGCUGGUGACCUGGCUGAUCACCGGCCAGGCCACCAGCAGCCUGGGCGCAUGGAGGCGCCUGGCUGUGUGCUGGUUUGCUGUUUGUGGCUUCAUCCAUUGUGUAAUCGAGGGCUGGUUCUCGCUAUAUUAUGAUAUAAUUCCAGGAGAUCAGCGCUUUCUGUCACAGCUGUGGAAAGAGUACUGCAAGGGAGACAGUCGAUAUGCAAUUGCUGAUAACUUUACUGUUUGUAUGGAGACUGUGACUGCUUGGUUGUGGGGUCCAUUCAGCUUUUGGGCUGUUUAUGCCUUUUUAACCAAUAAGCCCUACAGAUUUCUCCUGCAGCUCAUCAUUUCAGUAGGCCAGGCAUAUGGAGCGGUACUCUACUUCUUCACAGAGCACAGAGAUGGCUACGCCCACAGCGAGCUGGGACAUCCAAUCUACUUCUGGUUCUACUUUGUGUUUAUGAACACCCUGUGGAUUGUCAUACCGCUGGCGCUCAUUUUGGAUGCAUGGAAACAUCUGUCAGCAGCCCAGAGGCAAACGGACAGCACAAAGUCUCAGAAGAAUAAGAAGAACUGAGUGUGUGCGUGUAUGGGAGGGGGGGCAUUUAAUACUGCAACAUUACAUCUCUGUCAUUAUGAGACUUUGCUGACAUUCAUAUUGAUAAAGUAAUAGUUCCUUGAUUUUUUUCUUUUUUUUUACUUGGCAACUUCUUUUCUGAGAAGAGCAAAAUAAGCGUGAGUGUGCUGGGUGAGUGGGGUCCUUCAUGAUACAGGUGUCCCUGUAGAGCUCAGUCCAAGAGUCAGUCAUUUAUCAACAAGUGUCUGUAGGAUCAUUGUGUUGAAAGCAGAUGAGAAGUCCACGAAGAGCAUACGGAUGUAGGAAUGUUUCUGCUCUAUGAGGGUGAGGGUGGUGUGAACCACAGAAGAAGAAGAGAUUUCACAUGAACCAAAAAUUACCAGUAUGGAAAUUAUUAGCCUGCUCUGAUGCUAACAGUGAACUGUGUAUCCUUUUUGCUGGAGUCAUUUCUUGUAGCCAUCCCAACCUCCUUCAUAUUUGAUCGAUUUGCAGUUUACAGUGUAUUAGCUGGAGGAGUUGUACAGGGAGAUGGCCACGGACAGGAAUCAUUUCCUGUGUGGUUCAGUGGUGCUUUUUGGUAAUCUCAGUCUCUCAAUGAACAUGCUCCUGUGACCAGCCAGCAUGUCAUGGACUGCGUGGGAGGUAUCCAGCAUUGUCUUUAUCUUGGAGAGCAUCCAUCUGAGCUCCAUCCACACAAAUUACUCUCCAUGCAGAUCAGUCAACCUGCUGCCCAGCACUUGGAAACGCAGUGAACACUUUGUAAGCAUCAACGAUUGCUUUUCUCACAUUUAAACCGAUGCUUUCUCAAGUGGCAGCUCAAAACCUUGCUUAGGUUUUUAUAACGUAUGUAAACUGGAAGAUAACCCUCAGUU